AUGACCAACGCCAUGGCCCCCUCGCAUACUGCUCUCAAAUCCAUCCUCAAAUCGCUAGGCAGCUCGCGAUGGUCACUCACUCGCUCACUGCGCAGUACAAAUGUGAACGAAAUCAAUGGCCAACUUAGCGGGACAGCGACCUUUGCCCAGCUUCCCACCGCGGAUCAGGAUUGGCUCUACACCGAAAGUGGCCAGUUCCCCGCCUCCGCACUCCCCCCUGCACUGGCUGGCAUGGCAAAUGCCACCUGGUCGAAAAAGUAUAUUUGGCGACUGAGCGACGCGACGUCACAGCUCAGCGUUUGGUUCGUGAAAGUCGGCUCCGGUCCCGAUGAGGCCGAUUAUCUUUUCCAUAACUUCGAUUUCACCGACGAUGGAAGAAUUUCUUUAGAAGGCGGCGAGGAACAUUUCCCUCCGGUUCCUGCUCUCCCACUUAAUACUCGGGAUGACCAGACUUAUGUUCUUCAAGCAAGAGGGGACCAUCUAUGCAUCAAUGAUAUGUAUCGCACAUCAUAUGCAUUCCGGUUUCUCCGUGACACUGAGGAGUUGGUGAGCUGGUCCAGUUUACAUGUUGUACGAGGUCCGGCGAAGACCCAGGAAAUUCGCAAUCAAUAUGCGCUGCAAUGA